CCAAGCAGGCAACGCCUCGGACGACCUUGGAAGGCCCUCCAGCUUCAUCUGUCUACUUCUAAUCCUCAACCCUUCAAGAUGUUUGCGACCAAGGUUCUCCGGGCCUCCGCAGCAGCACAUGCUGAGCGUACCCCCAUGAUCAAGUUCUUGGGAAAGCGUACCAUCCCAUCUUCGAUCGAUCACACGCCUCACGCUCAUCCCGCCUCCCCAACCCACGAGCUCCCAGCAGGCUUCGGUUCCUCACCAUCCUUCUCCUCCUACCGACAACAGGCACAGCAGCACGGUCCUCUCGGUAAGGCUGGCAAGUCUGGCGGCAUUGGUGAUCGCUCUGGACACUCUCUUGGGCCCGUUACUCCGGCCAAGGGCGAAUACUUCGAUCGUAAUGAGCUUCCUGCACGCUUCCGCCGAAGACCACUUGAUAUUGCGGAGAUCGAUGCCAUUGAGACCGGUGGGGCCACGUUGGUCUGCUGAGCUGCUUGAGGAGGCAGUUGUACGAAUAUGCAGU